AGCUAGCCAGAAAGAGCGGUACCGCAUCAAUGGCGGCGGGCGGCGUGUGGGUGUUCCGGAAGGACGGGGUGAUGGAGCUGGAGCGGGAGGUGUCGAGCCGGAAGGCGCUGGUGUACGUGCCGGCGAACGAGACGAUGCGGUCGCUGCGGGCGCUGGAGCGGCGGCUGGGGUUGCUGGGAUGGGAGCGCUACUACGAGGACCGCGCCGUCGUGCAGCUCCACCGCCGCGACGGCAGCCUCGACCUCAUCUCGCUGCCGCGAGACUUUGCGCGGUUCCGCUCCGUCCACAUGUACGACGUCGUCGUCAAGAACCGAGGCCACUUCAAGGUCGUCGACCUCUAAGCGUGCGUCUCACUCUCACCGGCCAGUCAAGCUUGCAAGGUCUGUGUUAAUCCCUGUACGCGUGAUCGAUCGUUAGACAUUUGUGUUUACCUCUAGACAUCUACUACGUACCUACUUUCCCCGGCCAGUCCAGGUUGCAAGACGCGUCUGUGUGUCGAUUGUUGUACGUGUGAUCGAUCGUUGUGUAACAAAUGUAUGCCUUGUCCUGUAUGACGUUU